GAUAUCUGAGCUCACUGUGAGCAAAACCCCGAAGUGAAAAUUCUAAGGCUCUGCGAAGUAAAUUAUCCUUCUGUGAAUGUGACCCAAGCUCUCUGCAGUUCCAUAUGCUGAGGUUAUUCUUACUUAUCAGUUUGACGUGCUUGGUGAGAUCAGACGCAGCUGAAACAUGCCCUUCAUUCACCAGACUGAGCUUUCACAGUGCGGUGGUGGGUACUGGGCUGCAGGUGAGGCUGAUGCUCUAUACGAAGAGAAACCAGACCUGCGCACAAAUCAUCAACUCAACAGCUUUGGGGAACUUGAAUGUGACCAAGAAAACCACCUUCAUUAUUCAUGGAUUCCGGCCAACAGGUUCCGCUCCAGUUUGGAUGGGAGACUUAGUAGAGGCUUUGCUCUCUGCAGAACACAUGAACGUGGUUGUUGUUGAUUGGAAUCGAGGAGCUACCACUGUCAUAUACACCCACGCCGCUAAUAAGACCAAAAAAGUAGCCAUCAUCUUGAAGGAAUUUAUCGACCAGAUGUUGGCAGAAGGAGCUUCUCUUGACAACAUUUAUAUGAUUGGAGUAAGUCUAGGAGCCCACAUAUCUGGAUUUGUUGGAGAAAUGUAUGAUGGGCAGUUGGGGAGAAUUACAGGUCUCGAUCCUGCGGGCCCUUUAUUCAACGGGAGGCCCCCCCAGGACAGAUUAGAUCCCAGCGAUGCGCAGUUCGUUGAUGUCAUCCACUCCGACACUGAUGCACUGGGCUACAAGGAACCGCUAGGAAACAUAGACUUCUAUCCAAAUGGAGGAUUGGAUCAACCUGGUUGCCCCCAAACGAUAUUUGGAGGAAUAAAGUAUUUCAAGUGUGACCACCAGAGGUCCGUGUACCUGUACCUGGCUUCCCUGAGAGAGGACUGUGAGAUCACCGCCUAUCCCUGUGACUCCUACAGGGACUACAGGAACGGCAAGUGCACCAGCUGCGGCACACCAGAGCAGUCCUGUCCUGUCCUGGGCUAUUAUGCUGACAAUUGGAAAGACUACUUAAAGCAGAAAGAUCCUCCGAUGACUAAGGCGUUCUUUGACACAGCUGAGAAGGAGCCAUUCUGCAUGUAUCAUUACUUUGUGGACAUUAUAUCUUGGAACAAGAACAUCAGAAGAGGGUCUAUUACAAUCAAAUUGAGAGACAGAGAUGGAAAUACCACAGAAUCUAAAAUCGAUCAUGAACCAGCCACAUUUCAGAAAUAUCAUCAAGUGAGCCUGCUUGCAAGAUUUAAUCAAGAUCUGGACAAAGUAGCAACAAUUUCCUUGGUGUUCUCUACAGGAUCUGUAGUAGGUCCUAAGUACAAGCUCAGGAUCCUCCGAAUUAGGUUGAGGUCCCUUGUCCAUCCAGAGAGGCCCCAGUUAUGUCGGUAUGAUCUUGUCCUGAUGGAAAAUGUCCAGACAGUCUUCAAACCUAUUCUCUGCCCCAAGUUGCAAAUGUAACUGCUGCUGCUGGGGACAGGUGGGCAGCAACGAUGUCAGGAAAGCUGCAUCUACGGCCUCUUUUAAAGCUUCACCUGAGCUUUUCCUCAAAGCUCAAAAAGCAUGAAAAAAACCAAGGUUAUUUUCAGCAGCGUCCUACAGAUGUCACAUUGCAGAACGUCAAACGACCUUGUGAUUAUAAAACGAUCCUGGGAAGGGUGGCCCUAACUAGGGCAAGUCAGAAAUAGCCAGCCUUCUGACAGCCCAGUGCUUUGUCUGGCUGCAUCCUGGGGCCUGUUUGUUCCGACCUGUCGAUUCUGCUGCCCAUCACACAGGCUCUUUGUUCCUCAGGGCUUCGGGUACUCAUCUUAAGGCUAGGUGGGGGGCUGGAGACCUCACUCUGGACUUUCUGUUCCCUGUGCCGAAUUCUGCACAGAACCCAUCACGCAGAAGGGAACAAAACUGACCUACCUCUCAGGGCUGCCGUGUGGGUAUGGAAGACAAGUCUAUGAAGGGUUCUUUGAAAUCCUCUGGGUACCACAUCUGUGAAGGUGUCAUGAAUGUGAAUAUGUUGUUAUUUAUUUUAACGUGGCUUAGCUCGUAUCCUUUGAUCAUAUCCUUUGAUAGGGGUGGCCCCUCCUUAUCAAUACAGCUUCUCUCUGGGGCAGCAAGAAAGCCACAUACCCCUGUCCCACCCCCUCUGAAGUGAUGCUGGUGCAAAGGAGGUAGAGAUGGGCUGGUAGCCUGAGGGCAGUGCUGGGACUAGGGAGGAAGCAGCAGCCUCACACCCCUGGGACAGGGGACCAGCAGGGGAGGAAAGGGCUUGUUUUUCACCUAAGAUGGAGAAGGAUCAUUUUAUAGGCAACCCUUCUCUUUUUUUAUAUAUUUAUUUUUUUAGUUAUAGGUGGAUACAAUAUCUUUAUUUUAUUUUUAUGUGGCGCUGAGGAUCAAACCCAGUGCUUCACAUGUGCUAGGCGAGCGCUCUACCUCUGAGCCCCAGCCCCAGCCUGGCUACCCUUCUUUUCCUGUUUAGGUUGUUUGUAUGUUUGUUUUGGCAGUGCUGGGGGCCAUCCCAGAGCUGCACCACGGAACUACACUCCACCCCAGGCAACCCUCUUUCCUUCCUUCCUUCCUUCCUUCCUUCCUUC